ACAGGUCAGGCCAAGCUGAUCGACCUGCUGGUGUGUAAAGGAGCGCCGGUCAACGCCACAGACUACCACGCCCUCACACCGCUGCACCUGGCCUGUCAGAGGGGAUACCAGGGAGUCACGCUGCUGCUGCUGCACUACACGGCCAACACGGACGCUCAGGACAACAGCGGCAACACACCGCUGCACCUCGCCUGCAUGUACGGACACGAGGACUGUGUGAAGGCUCUGGUGUACUACGACCUCCAAACGUGCUGCCUGGACCUGCAGAACGACAAAGGCGACGCGGCGCUGCACAUGGCGGCCCGCUGGGGCUACGAGGGAAUCAUCCAGGUGCUGCUGGAGAACGGAGCGAGCACCGACGUCCUCAACAAGAGCAAGGACUCGCCGCUGCGCUGUGCGCUCAACUCUAAGAUCCUCGUGUUGUUGCAGUCGAGUCAGAAUGGCCGUCAGCGCGGCAGAGUCGAUUCUCCCCGUCGAUCUCCUCAGGCCUCAGACUGCAGCAGCCGUCGCUCCUCCGUCUCCAGCACCUCCUCUCUGGGUUCCAAGGUCAAACCGGAGGAGCAACGGGUCCGACACCGAGAGGUGGAGAAGCUGCUGCGUGCCGUUGCAGACAGCGACGUGGAGAUGGUGCGUUACCUGUUGGAGUGGACGGAUGAGGAGGAGGAGGAGGAGGAGGAGGGAGAGCUUCGGUCCGAGGCUCCGCUGUGCCACCCGCUGUGUCAGUGUCCGACCUGCGCCCCCACUCAGAAGAUGUCCGUCCUGCAGGCCGGAGCCCUCGGGGUCAACAGCUGCAACGCCGGCGGUUUCACGCCGCUGCACGUCGCCGCUCUGCACGGCCGCUCUGCGCUGGCCGGCCUGCUGAUCCGCCACGGAGCCAACGUCAACGCCCGCACCAACCAGAGCGCCACGCCGCUUCACCUGGCCAGCCAGAACAGCCACGUCCAGGUGGUGAGAUUUCUGCUUGAGUGCAACGCCAAACUGAACAAGAAGGAUCAAUAUGGCAACACGCCUCUGAUACAGGCCUGUCUCUGUGGGAACCUGGAGUCAGCCUCCACCUUGUUACAGAGCGACGCGCUGGUGAACGUGGUGAACCUUCAGGGCAACACGGCGCUCCAUGAGGCAGUGCGGGGGGGACACCAGGCGCUGGUGGAGCUGCUGCUCAGGGGCGGAGCCUCGGCCGGCCUCAGGAACAAGAGGCAGAGGACGCCGCUGGACUGCGCCUACGAGCUGGGUGGCAAGAACACGGAGAUCCUGAGAGCUCUGCAGAAAGCGUCGGGGCUUUCUCCCGAUGCCGAACCAAUCAAACUCCUGUCUGUGCCCAAAGGAGCUCUGGCUCAUUCGUUCGUGCAGCGUCUGAGGCUACAGGAUCACAACAACGGCAGGAGACAGAAGCUGGCCCAGUCCAUCAGCAGGGUUCAGCAGAUGAAGAAGGGUUCCUCUGGUCCCCCCUCCAGGUGUUCAACAAACCUGAACCAGGGGAAUCCAGACAUGAGGCGGUUGAGGCGAGGGGAGACGGUGGAGGUCAGCUGCCCCUCGGCGAGCCUUGACGCCGGGCCCCGGCUCAGAGAGCGGCCCCUGGGUCGCUGUCACACCCUGGACUCUGGAGAACAACCACUUGGGCCGAACACGACUGAAUACACUCCACAGGAGAGUGAUCACACAGGUGACACACACACCGAGUCAGCAGACGCUCAGACGUCCAGAGAAACACACUCCGCCUCGCCACCGUCGCAUGCCGAUGACCCGUUUGAACCGCGUCCCGCUCGCACCUCGAGCGCCAACUCUGCUUCACGCGACACCAACAGCCAGAGUCCCAGCCCUCCGAGCGGAGAGACGGAGUCUGCCGACGACCAGACUCACACCGACGUCCAGAGCGAGGACGCGGGUUCGAGUCCCCCCUGCCCCGUUGACCUCCACGCCGCGAUCCAGACCGAGGGAGGCGAUGAGAGAGACGCCGACCAAACGCUAGAGAGCAGAGGGGAGAGUCCAGUCACGGAGACGUCGUGAGGGGGCCAGACGUUUGGUUUCUCUCGAUGCAACACAAACACCAAAAAUGGAAAAGCACACAUGUUAAGGUCAGAUGUGACGCUGACUCUCUGACUCGUCCUAUAUCUCUGGUAGAAAGAACGUCUGAGGAAGCUAAAACAAAGCAGGACACUGCCCAGUUUGGGUACACCGGCUUUUCUAGCAGGGACGGGAAUCAACGAGACUAGUUCCGAUACCGGUAUCAGAAAGGCCUCCGAUACGGCUCUAAAAUGCUGGAUCGGGUAUCGACGAGUACGCGAGUCCAUGCACCGACUCCCAAAUAACGUUAUCAUAUUUUUUAUCAGCUCAUUUACGCUACACAGCAACAACAACAACACGUGUCACUUGUACGUCCUGCCCGAUCGUUACUGAGCAUGUGCAAACUAGUACCAGUGUUAGACGCCUCCUGCACCUUUACUUUCUUUUUCCCGAUAACGUUACACUGUGAACAACUAAUCUAGUGUUGAAAUCUGCUGGAGGAGAGCUAGUUAGCGUUAGCGUUAGCCGUUAGCGCCUGCUUGGCAACAUAACGGUGCUAACGCUAACGAAGGUUGCAUCGAGUCAACAUUAUGAUGCGUUCAAGCUCAGUAAAAAGGAGUAUUGAGCUAUCGUGAUGUGUUCAAAUGUAAUCUUUUAAAAUGUAGUGUUUUUGGUGAAGGAGUUGUUUGAAGGUUUUCACAGCGAUAUAAAAUAGAUAUUAAAGAGAAAUGAUGACCUUUUAACUUCCAAACACUAGAUCUAAGCAGCUGAAUAUAAUAAUUAUUAUUAAUUUAACUGCUAUCGGCCAAUACGCAUCGGGAAUAAAUAAAUGGUAUCGGAAAAUCUCUAGAAUUAACUCCACAAUACCUACUUCUAAAUGUCAGGUAAUAAAAAGUUAAAUUUAUCAACGCUGUGAGCGCCACUAAAUAAAUUCUGUUCACCUAACUUAAACCAACACUUAAGUGAGGAGAUGUGUUCGUAGUUUUAAAGUCACAAUGAAAUGUUGAAAUGUAUUUUGUCUGCAGAGUUUUUCAACUUAAAGCAUUCACACAAACCCCUAAAAUCCUCUCUGGUCACUGUUUGAUGGUUUAAACUCGACACUCGAUGGUAGUUGGGUUUCAAAACGUCACCAGAGAGCUGGGGAGACAUUCAACAGCAAUACACAGAAGCUCAUUGUCUUCUCUUAUAUUGUUUUAUUUUGGAAUCACAUCACUUUCACUUCCUGUGAAACACAACAUCUUUCUUAUAUGUAACGGUUGAUCUAUAGAAAGCACAAAUUUAGCACGUUGCUCUCACGUUGAAUCAAACUUUAUUUCCUUUUCUAACUGACUCUAAACGAUCUGCUCUCUUCAGAGACACCAAACAUGUAACCCCUCAGAUCACAGGAGCUG